CACCUUAUCUUCCUCGUGCUCUUCCUCUCCCUCUCACCCUCUCUCUCUCUCUCUCUCUCUCUGACAUGGAGCAAUCGGCCGAGCGGUGAAGAAUUCUCAUCAGAAGAGAAUCCGAGAAGCACGUCAAAUGGCCUCUCCUUCAAUUUGCUGGGCAGCGAAGAGUGAUGGCUGCUAUGAACAAUUCAAUGUGAUUCAGAAACCUUGCACUCUCCUAAUAACCAACCGCCGGGACAGACGACUAAAGAUGGACAAACAAACAUGUCAAUUCCCUGGUUCCUUCGAAAAGCUGCCCUCAAGAGGAAAUCGCUCCCAUGCCGCCCCACGAUUACACGCGACCUUGAGGAGCCCGAAGGGCUUUGGACCCUCUCUGAAGAAAGCCAAAAAGACAAAGAAUAAACCAAACGGAGAAUAUGACAGCGAUGAGGAAGACGAGGACGACGAAGAUGACGAAGAAGAGGACGCGAGAGACCAAGGCGUAAUACCGGAAGUAGUGACCAACAGGAUGAUGAACCGGAUGGGGGUCUCGGUCGGCGGCCCGCUCUUUGUCGGGCUCUUGUUCUUCCCAUUCUUCUACUACCUCAAGGUGGGGCUCAAGAUCGAUGUCCCCACCUGGGUGCCUUUCAUCGUGUCCUUCUUCUUCUUUGGGUCAGCUCUUCUGGGUGUGAGCUAUGGCAUUGUGUCCUCCAGUUGGGACCCUCUCAGGGAAGGCUCUCUCCUGGGCUGGAACGAGGCCCAGAAGAAUUGGCCUGUGUUUUGGCAGUCUCUUUGGGGAGGUAGGUCUGGGAAAAAGUAGGGAGUUAGGGUUUAGUUUUCUGGAGUCAAGGUCUUUUGCUCUGCUCCUCUUUUUGUGUGUAAUAUAUAAAGUGUCACAAAGUAACUAUCCUUAUCUCAGUCUGCAGUCUCUUUCACAUUUUUUGUUUUGGCCCAUUGUGUUCUUCUCUUCGAAAUCUUUUGGUUUCGACUGUCCCUUUUCCACAGAGUUGAUACUAAGUUGGAAACUGAGUAGCGAAUCAAAAGCGAUGCAUUAAUGCUUCAUCUUAUAUGAAAAGCUGCUGAAAGUCGCAUGCUUGCUA